CCUAUGAUACGCUGGAGGAAGUAGAGGGAACUCUCCCAUCAGAAUCAACAGAGGGCUGUGAUUUGUAAAAUUUAAACAAAGAGAGGACAGUGAACCUGCUCUAAGGGAACAAGAGAAGGCGCUUUAAGUCGCUGUUGGCCGUCCAUUCCUCCACAAAAAGCCAAAAUGACGGCGGCGGUGUUUUUCGGCUGCACCUUCAUCGCUUUCGGCCCGGCCAUCGCUCUGUUCCUGUUUACUAUCGCCCGGGAGCCGCUGAGGGUCAUUUUCCUCAUAGCAGGGGCGUUUUUCUGGCUUGUGUCCCUGCUCCUCUCCUCCUUGGUCUGGUUCAUUUCAGUUCAGAUAAGCAAUAAAGAGAGUGCAGCGCAGCAGAAAGGGCUCCUAAUCUUUGGUGUGGUGCUCUCCGUCCUGCUGCAGGAAACCUUCCGCUUCGCUUACUACAAACUAUUAAAGAAAGCAAAUGAAGGCCUUCUUGCUCUCAGUCAGGAGGAAACCAUGCCGAUAUCCAUACGACAGUUGGCCUACGUGUCUGGCCUUGGCUUCGGAUUCAUGAGUGGAGCCUUCUCAGUUGUAAACAUCCUUGCUGACUCUGUUGGACCAGGGACCGUGGGGAUCCAUGGAGACUCACAGCACUACUUCUUGUCCUCAGCAUUUAUGACCAUGGCAAUCAUCCUGCUCCACAUGUUCUGGGGUGUUGUCUUCUUCGAUGCUUGUGAGAAGCAGCGCUGGUGGGCGGUGGCUGCCGUCGUCAUCAGCCACCUCUUUGUUUCCUGUCUGACCUUCCAGAACCCGGAGUACGUUGCCAGCCUGGUUCCCACCUACAUUAUCUUGUUCCUGAUGGGGGUUUGGGCGUUUUACUCUGCAGGCGGUUCCCUCAGGAACCUCAAACUUUGUCUCACCUGCAAAGACAAGGACUUCCUGUUGGCCAACCACCGGCCCAGAUAACGCAGCACGCGUGUGCAGGACUCUUCAUCCAAAGAUCACCGAGUUCACACACAGACACCAAUCACAGCAAAAAGGGAGAGCUGUACUCUUUAACGUUAGAUAUUUCAUCAUUUUAAGUUCAAACAACUCAAAUCAACAUUAGGAAGGUACAAAAAUGGGAGACAACUCUGAUGACAACUCAUGUCCAGUUUAGAGGAUCAGUUUAGAUUAAAUUCACACAGUGAGGUUGUAAAUAUCUCUGUCUGACAGACAACGCCUCUUUUUAUUGCCUGAUGCAAUGGGAGAGCCAACAGAGGAACAAACUUAGGAACGAUGUUUAAAGCUGGUGACACUGCUCACAUUCUGUAUAUAUUCUGAUGUUUUCAGCUUUUCUGUGCGUUUAUCUUUAAAAGGGUGGAUUUUUUCAUUCAUGGAAAAAACUGUACAUAUUUCUGCAUUUUUAACUCUCUGAUGUGUAGAUAGUGAAAUGUUUCAACCUUUAUUUCACAAGUGAUAAUCAGUCUACAAACAAAUUGCCUUUACAGGAGCUGAGAGGAGACAUUAUUUGCUUUGACUUAGUCAUUUUGAGCUCACAUCUUUUGUUUUCUCUAGCAUUUGUAAAUCACUUUUAAAUGACUUAUGACAUAAAUAUUAAUGUCCUAAUCAAAGAUAAUACACAGAUAAAAUUUAA